AUGGAUGGUAUGAUGUAUGCUAUGAUAAGCACUAGACCGAAUGUAGUCUGUGGUAUUGGGCUAUUAAGUAGGUUCAUGAGCAAACCAAGUCCAGAACAUUGGAAGGCUGUAAAAUGGUUGUUAAGAUAUGAAACAGGAAGUAUAGAGGUUGUAGGCUACUAUGAUUCGGAUUUUGCUGGUGAUUUGGACAAGAGAAUGUCCAUUUCAGGUUGUGUUUUUUCAUUGGGAGGAAAUACCAUUAGUUGGAAGUCAAGUCUGCAGCAUGUGGUGGCUUUGCCAAUCACAGAAGUGGAAUACAUUGCCUUACCAUAA